GCGCCUACCGCUUGCCCCGCUUCCAGACACCUGGACAGGUGGAGAUGCUUUCAGGAGGGAUCGCGCCGAAGUGCUGAAGCUCCCUCCGGUCAUGAGCCCGACAUGCCUAGAAGCAACAAUGCGGCGUCGUGCUCAACAUCCAGGGACGAUCGCGCGGCCAAGUACUCCUGCUUCUCCGAGAGGGUGCCCAUAGAGGACUAUGUCCCGACGUCGUCACCGCCAAAGUUCCCGCGCUCGACAUACCAG